CCUACUUUUUUUAUGACCCGGAAGUUGAAACCAAGUCAGUCACAUAUUUGGGGAAAUUUCCGUCGUUUCCAAACUAAAUAGAGGAAGAAUGAGGCAAUUGUUUAGAUACUAGCUAACAACAAAAUGGCAGCCAUCUUAAUAUCUUUAAAAAUUUGACUAGGGUCAUUCUAAUUGUUUUGAAAUCGCGACCUUUUGAUCUCAUUAUUUCGCCAAAAUGUCAGUGUCUGAGAUGGAGAUUUUGGAUACGAAUGGCGAAAGUAUAAGCCUCAGUGAUAAGUAUAAGGAGAUAACUCUAGAUGCAUUAAGGGUUAGUGCAAGAAAAAAAUUAUCUUUGUAUUUAAACGUCCAAGCUGAAAUAGUGAAUGAUGCCAAUGGGUUAGUUAGUGACUACAAUGGCCUGGCAGAAAUGGUGGGUUUUGGAUUCCUGGAGAUCAAAGAUUUUGAACGUCAGAAAAAUCCAACAGAUGAACUACUUACUGAGUGGACCAACCGACCAGACCUUUCCCCAACUAUCGGAAAACUAUGGGACUACUUGGUGGAGCUUGGUCGCUUCGAUGUUCUUGGAGACUGCAAAAAUCUCAUCAUCAGAGACGCUGAUGCCUACAUCAAGAUGAAAGAAGAUUUAAAGAGCAAAGAAAGUCCUGUACAAGAGGAUAUGGUAACUUCCUCUGAGACAGCUGUGGACCACCAUGUAGAUGAGCUGUCCAUUCUUUGUAAAGAUGAUGUGGAGAAAGGGGAGCCGCAGUAUUUUGAUGCCUUUGUCUGUUACUCCCCCAUUGGGGAGGACUUGACCUUUGUCAAGGAGAUGAUCUCUAAGCUGGAGAAUCCGCCCCACAACCUGAAGCUGUUUGUUCCAUGGAGGGAUGAUCUGCCGGGAGGGUCACGCUAUGUUAUUGAUGCCAGGCUCAUUGAAAUGAGAUGCAAACGUAUGGUCAUCAUCAUGUCCAAGAACUACCAGAACAGUGCUGCUGCUGAUUUCCAGGUCAAGUUCGCCCAUGCUUUGUCUCCAGGUGCCAGGAGUAAGAAGCUGAUUCCUGUGCUGAUUGAGUCGGGGAUACAGGUGCCCCAGGUGUUACGUCAUGUCACUCUGUGUGACUUCACCAAACAGGACCUGAAAGACUGGUUCUGGGACCGACUCUCUAAAGCCAUCAAAGCACCACUGGACCCACAGAUGUCAGGAUAUGGAUCUAAAUCUCUGACAACGUCUUCCUCUUCUCCUUCAUCUCUGUCAUCUUCCUCGUCGUCGUCAUCGAUGCCGUCAUCGGACAUCGCACCAGGGGGUCUCGGAUUUCAUGCUGGAAGCAACGCAAACGUGAGAGAUGAGCUGUCACAGUUCCACCCCUUACCCACCUCGCCCAGCUCCAUCAGCAUUUCCUCUACUUCGUCGGCGGAUAAUUCCUCCGCCAGUCUGAUCAGCCGGGGGUCGGGGCCCGUACAGCACUCCUGUGAACCCAUGGAGCACACGGAUAUCACCUCCAUGGGCCCCGAAUCCUCAGUCAAGAAAUCAAAGAAGGAAAAAAAGACUUCAGGCCUCAAACAUAUUUUUAAUAAAAUUAAAAACUCUGGAAGCAGCAAUAACAAUACCAGUUCACAAUGCUAAUAAUCUCAGGGUCAGAAGAAAUUCUGACCAGGCAAUAAAUAUUUAGUGUUACUAAAGUUCGUCCGACAUGUUUGUCAAGUAUAACCUAGCACAAGUUCACAAUUUUCAUUCUACAUGGCUUGUCUUAAAUAGUAACAUGACCUGUAAGGGAAAGGUGAUAUGUCUUUUUGUCAUAGGUUGCAUAAUUUUGAAUUUUAAUGCUUUUUCUUAUGGAAGUCUGCAAAGAAAUGUUACAUUCCAGCUAAGGCAAUUGUAAAUACAUGUAUGAGGAAAAUCAGCAUGAAAAAUGGCUUCAUUAACUAAAAGUGGUAUUUUUAAAUAUCAUGUUUGGAAUGUCAUUUGAAUUGAUUAAGGGUCGAGAUAUUAUAAGGAUGGUUGAUAUAUAUUUGUUUCUGUUGUGGGUCUAAGCCAGCACAUCACUCUUGUUACCUGCCUCUGAUUGUCCUCAAUGUACAGAAAAUUCAGACGCAUUCCAUUUGCAUAAAAUAAAUUUUUUCCCUUUUUUUUUUUUUAAAUGUUCUAUACACAGCUGUCUUGAAUUUCAGUGUGAGGAAUGUGGUGGAGAGUUUUUUUUUUUUGAUACAUGUUUAUUUGUAUUUGAAAUGUAAGUCUUCAUUACAUUGUGAUUUGAUCAAAAAAUGUUCUACUUUGUCCAAAAAAAUAAUAUUACUAGAUGUUUAAACAUACUGUAUUGGAUUUUUAGCAAUCAAUUAUUUUCUAUUCAUUUUUAAUCAACUUGGUAUGUUUUUUUAAGUUGAAUAAUAUUUUUUAUUCAGAAAUAUGAUAUAUUUUUUACUACAUAGUUUAAUUAUCAAACUUCCAUUUUCAUCAUAUAUUUUAAAUUCACACCUGUUUCCUACAUAUUUUCCGCUGGCGUAGGUGAUUUAUAGAUUGUUGUGGCAAAAAUUUUGUCAAGAAAAAGACAUCAUGCUGCAAUGCAUGAUCUUUGUCACUUAAAUUGUCAGCCAUUUGUCUGAGUUGUAUGAAAUACAUUCCGUCAGGCUUGUUAUUUUUUGUUCACAUUUUGUAGGUGGAGUAAUCAAACUUUUUUUACCUGUACACAUGUAUAUCAUUCACAUUGAUUGAUUCACUAUUGUAAACAUAUGUAGUAUAUGAUCUGUUUGAGGAAAACACUUGUAUGAUCAAGCAUUAGUGUUGUAAAACUAUUUUUUGUGUUGAGAACUGCUGCAUAUCUAGAAUGUUGUUGAAGUACGUGUUUUGUUGUCUGUGUGUCUGUAUGUAUAAUAAUCUCAUUAAUAUGUUUCAGUGCUUUGAUGUUAUAAUACAUGUAUAUGAUCUUUUGUUAUAUUUUGUUCAGGUUUGUUUUCUUUUUUAAGUCUCAUAACAAUGUGCUUAAUAUAUUUAGUUGAUAGUCGUAUGAUUUUAGAUUAAUCUCCAGAUUUUAUUUAUUUUAUUUUAUAAUAGUUCCUUUAUUUUCUCCAAAACCACAUAAAUACAUGUAGUAUGUGAAAUACAGAGAAAAUAAAAACAGAAUGCAUGUACAAGUUAUAAAUGUAUGAGCAAAGGGAGAUAACUCUACACAAACAUAAUCAUUGAAUUGGGUGGUAGAAUUUUUGUGGUGGUGAUUUUAAUGUUGUAAGCACAUUUUUAUUUUUUACUGUAGUGGAAAAGAAAAUAAAUAGGUUUGAUAUUGUGGAAACAUACUUAUUUUCACCGGAAAAAAUUCAUUAGAGAGUGACAUAUUACUCAAUCACGUUUACAUCAGAGAGGUGCAUUUACAGUUAAGUUGUUAUGAAUCUUUUUUAUGCUUAAUUUAAUCUGAGAAACAGCAAAUGACAACAAAUAUGAAGUGACCAAAUUAUGUAACAUUUUUUAACAGAUCAUUCCAUUGUUUUUUUUGUUCUGUAUUUAAUAAAAAUUAGUUCUUGUUAUUCCGUCAAUUGCUCUAAUGUCUCGAGUUGAAAUUAUUUAAUCAGAAUUUGUUUUUCUAUUGGUAAUUAUUUACAUCACCUGAGUCUUUCAGGUACAUACCACUAUUCUUUUUCUAUUUCUCUAUGUGUGUCAAUCGUAACACUGUAAACUGUUUUUUACUGAAAUGUUUGUCAGAGCCAAUUUCAAAAAAUGAAUGGCAUGUUCAUAGUAUCUGUGCACGAAAGGAAACAAUGCUGCAAGUGGUCUCAGAUGUGGUUGGUGGAUUGAGCUUGAACCAUCAUGAUAAAGUUGAUCUUACAAAUUUCUUAUCAAUACUCAUGAAUACUUUUCAGGAAAGCCAUUUGCAACAACCCUCUAUCAAACUUCUUUAGACCACAGGAUUGGAUGAAGUUGACCAUAUUUUGUAAAAUCCUGGUACAAUUCUUCACCUAGAGGUUUACAAGCAAAUUGUGACAUAUUUAUCCCCUCAGCUCAGGCCCCCUUUUUGAGACAAAUUUAUUGUGUUUUCAAAAUGUGUAUUAUCAUUAAAAAUCUUACUGCUGAGCAUCUAGGAGACAAAAGUGAUCUAUUAAUCUGUAACAUUUUUCUCUAUUGGGUCCAAAGUUACAAAAUCUCAGUUGGGCUGAUAUUGGUGAGAUACUGGCCAACUGGUCCCAUUUAGUAUA